AUGGGACAUGUUUUACGGAAAGGAGGUGAUAUCACCUCUCUUUACCUGAUUGCUGAUUACGAUUCCACUAAUAGCGAUGGCGUUGUUGGUGUUACGGAUGAAGUUGUGGCUUUUGCUAUGGAUAUUGCUAUGCACCUUGAAAUUUGGUUGGAUUUUCCUUUCCCCAAUGACGAAGAUGACGAUGAAGACUUUCACAUGUCUGAUGCUCAACAAGAUCAUGUUUUGGCUAUUAAAGAUCUAGUACCAAGCUUAAGUGCUCUUAGGAUUAAGCUCUGCCCUGAUUAUAUGAGAAAGAUAACCUUCUGGAAGAUAUAUAUUUAUAGUUUUGCAUCUGAUACUCGAACACAAUGCUGUCAAACUUCUUUCAACACCCAAGACUUUCACUUGUCUGAUGCUCAACAAGAUCAUCCUUUGGCCAUUGAAGAUCUAGUACCAGGAUUAAGUGCUUUUAGGAUUAAGCAUUGCCCUAAUUUAUGA